GGCGACUGACUGACCUGUGAAAAAUCUUCGUUGUUCAUUGACUCUUUGAAAUCAUGGCCCUCCUAACCUCCUUAAAAAAUUAAAAAAAAAAAUCGAACUUUUGGUCAUCCUCGCUGGAUUCAGCUGCCGCGUCUCUUUUUCUUCGCCUGGAUCCGCUUCCUUUUACACUCUGCGGCACUAACUCUGGUUGCUCGCGAUGGCCGGAGCUCGAUUCGGCCGAAACGCGAAACCUCGGGCUCCACUUAGCUUUUGCUGGAAAGUAUUGCUUGCGAGCUUCUUAGGUCUGUCAUUCGUCAUCGUCUGGUCUAUCUUCUCCUCACCCUCUGCCUCAAUCUCCACUGGCCGAGACAGCUUCGACAACAUCCAAGGGAACCCUUCAGCGCCAACUCAGUCCAUAGCUUCCAAACUUCCCCCUCCCGUAACGGUGAAGCCGAGCUCUAGCAGGAAUGAGAGCGAGUCUUCGCUUCGGAAGGAGGAGAAGAAGCGAGUGGUCGAACAAAAACCUGAUGCCAAGGCGAAUCCCGACGAGGCGCAUGCUGAUGCUGAGGGUGAAGAGGAGAUAGAGAUCGACGUCGAAGACGGAGUGGAUGUGAAUCCAGAAGAGGAGAAUCAAUCGUCGCAAGGGGAUACAUCUGGUGAGGAGAAUGAAAGCAAUACUGAUAAGAAGAAGAGUAAGAAGAAGAAUUCGGGGCCUUUGUUUGAUCCGAAAGCCAGGUAUGAGUGGAAGCUAUGCGGUGGUAGAAACAAGCAUAACUACAUGCCUUGCAUUGAUAUGGAAGGAGCGGGAGGAAGGAGGCACCAUGAAAGGAGCUGCCCUAAUGGCGCGGUGACGUGUUUGGUGCCUCUACCAAGGGGGUAUUCGGCUUUGGUGCCAUGGCCAGAGAGUAAAUCCAAGGUGCUUUUUGGGAAUGUAGCUCAUCCAAAGCUUUCUGCUUUCGUGAAGACGAAGAAUUGGGUGAAGGUGUCUGGGGAAUAUUUGACGUUUCCUUCCCAGGAAUCUGAGUUUAAGGGUGGAGUUCAGCACUAUCUUGAUUCGAUUGAAGAGAUGGUACCUGACAUUGAAUGGGGGAAGAACAUCCGCAUUUUAUUGGACAUUGGAUGUAGUGAUGGUAGCUUUGUGGGCACUCUUCUUGAGAAGGAUGUUUUAACUCUUUCUUUAGGUAUGAUGAAUGAUCAGACAGACUUGGCUCAAGUUCUAUUGGAACGUGGCAUACCUGCGGUGGUCGGAAAUCUAGGUAUUCGGCGACUUCCUUUUCCUGGUGGCAUUUUUGAUGCCAUUCAUUGCAGUGGGUGCAAUGUACAUUGGCAUUCUAAUGGUGGGAGGCUCCUUCUGGAGAUGAAUAGGAUACUACGUCCAGGAGGAUACUUUAUCAUGUCAUCUUCACAUGGAGAUGCUGAAAGUGAAGUGGGCAUGUCAUCAUUGACCGCAUCGAUUUGUUGGAACGUGCUGGCUCAUAAGACUGAUGAAAUCAGUGAACUAGGUGUCAAGUUAUAUCAGAGACCAGCAUCAAAUGAGAUAUAUGACUUGAGAAGGAGAAAUGAACCGCCAUUCUGCAAGGAUGGUGAAAACCAAGACUUUGCUUGGUAUGCUCCAAUAAAAACAUGCCUGCAUAAGCUUCCUGCUGCCAUAGAGGAGCGAGGUACUGACUGGCCUGAGGAGUGGCCAAACAGGCUUGAAACUUUCCCUGAAUGGCUUGGUGAUUUGCAGGAAAAAAUAAUUGCUGAUAAUGAGCAUUGGAAGGCUAUCAUCAGUAGAUCAUAUCUUGUUGGUCUUGGUAUUGAUUGGUCAAAGAUACGUAAUGUGAUGGACAUGAAAGCCAUCUAUGGCGGAUUUGCGGCAGCUCUAGCACCUCAGAAGGUUUGGGUUAUGAAUGUAGUUCCUGUACAUGCUCCAAACACUCUUCCUAUCAUUUUUGAGCGCGGUCUUCUUGGUAUCUUCCAUGACUGGUGUGAACCUUUCAGUACCUAUCCAAGAUCUUAUGAUCUUUUGCAUGCAGAUCAUUUGUUUUCCCGUCUCAAGAACAGGUGUAAAGAACCCAUUGCCAUUCUAGUUGAGAUGGAUAGAAUACUAAGACCUGGAGGAUGGGUCAUUAUCCGCGACAAAUCAGAGAUCUUGAAUCCUAUAGAGAAAAUCUUUAAAACCUUGCACUGGGAUAUUACUAUGACAUUUACACGGGACAAGGAGGGUAUUAUUUGCGUGCAGAAAACAAUGUGGAGACCAUUAACUUGAAAUUUGCAUGGAAAAAAAAGACUCUUCUGACAUUCAUCAAAGGCACAUCACCAUUUGCCACCAUUUCAGCUUCUUCUUCAUUACAAAAUAGAGGUACUUGUACUGUGUUUCCAGCUUCUAGUAAUUUAUAGGCUCCUGGAACGAGUGUUUGUCCUUGUAGAGCUUUCAAAAGAUUGUAAGAUUUGCCAGAUUCAUUGCAUGAAGAAAUGUGUGUUAUUGGAAAUGGGAUAGUAUCCCAUAUGGUUAAUCUCCAUUCAUUGUCUUUGGAUUGAGUUCCGGAGAUUUUUUUUUCUCAUACU